GUGGUCUGGAUGAAUACUGAAUAACAGUGACCCAUGAUUGCAUUAAUGACGCGUCAGCUACAAAAGGUGAAUCUAAUCACAUUCUAGUAUAGCAAUGUGAAAUAAAUUAAUACUGAAAGAGUGUGGCAGCUCUUCUUACUGUCAUACGGCACCGCACGAGAAUAAUAAAUAAUGCUUGUACUUAUAUCAAGUUACAACGAUACCUGAUUUAUUAAUAAUAAUUUACAAUACGUUUUACAUUAAGAAGUUGAAUAUUCGUUAAAUGGAAUUCUAUGUUAAAGAGAAACUGGCCUGCGAGCCUUUUAAAUCGGAUUCAUUCUGUUCGUAGAAAUUGGUACGUUCCCAGGCGGUGAGAGACGCCUAUUUUCUCGUGUUUCACCGGUGCACCUUGACGAAAUCACGACAACUCGUGGUCGUAUCAUGUUCAUCUUUUGUAAAAUACGCGGCCGAGACCGCGACGAACGACGUUUGACGUCACCGAAUUAUUUCCAAGUUAAUCACGCGGCGAACAGCGAUGAAUGAGUCAAACUUGACUCACGGUGAAAGUUGCCUAAGCCGCGGGACGUUCGGCACAUACUUGCGUUGCGCGUUAUGCAAAUCGCUGAUUGUGUUUAUUACCGGCUUGCGUCGCGUUCACUGUUUCCAUUCAUGGAUAGAAUAGCGAUAACAUCCUUUUUCGAUUCAAUUUCAAGUAAUCGACUCGACGCACGUGUUUACGUAGGUGCAAACGUGUUACACACACCCGCGCGUUAAUUAUUACGUACUUUAACAACUAAUUGUAAGGACAACACACAUUACUGGAAGUUGUGAAAAAGAAAUGCUGUGCCACUUCAGAACUCGACAAAAAAAAGUCCCACGAUGGAAGGAGGAAAGGAAAGGAGCAGAUGGAGUACUGGAUGGCGAGCAACGAGACCGGUCACAAUGCCAGAGAGGAGACACUCCAGGCGGUCCUCAGGGAUCCAGGAUCGGCGGUCCUCUUCGUCGGGUAUCCGCGAUGGCUACUUCACUUCGCCGCCGGAUGUUGCAUACUUUUCAUGCUCGUUGGCAUACCGGGAAAUCUUUUCACCAUCAUCGCCCUUUUCCGCACCAGAAAGUUAAGGAACGCCACAGCGAUCUUCAUUAUGAAUCUCUCUGUCUCCGAUUUAAUGUUCUGCUGUUUCAACUUGCCCCUCGCCUCGUCGACGUUUUGGCACAGCUCCUGGACUCAUGGACCACUUUUGUGUCGAUUGUUUCCUUUGUUAAGAUACGGUCUGGUAGCGGUGAGUCUCUUCACUAUAUUGGCGAUCACAAUCAAUCGUUACGUUAUGAUAGGACACCCCAGGCUUUAUCCUAGACUGUAUAAACCACGAUACUUAGUACCGAUGGUUUUAAGCACAUGGAUCCUCGCUUUUGGUGUCCUGAUCAUCACGUGGUUUGAAAGAUGGGGUCGUUUCGGGAUGGAUGUUGCUAUAGGUUCCUGUUCUAUUCUACAAGACGAGAAAGGUCGAAGUCCAAAGGAGUUCCUCUUUGUCGUUGCCUUUCUGAUACCUUGCGUCGCGAUCGUCGUUUGUUACGCAAGAAUUUUUUACAUCGUGCGGAAAACGGCUCACAAAAGCAGAAGACGAAACGCUACCAAUAAUGAAAAUAUACAAAACAAUCAUGAGCGGCGAUCGAUGUCGUUCAGAAAUCAAGAAGAGGAACUAUCGGUAUUAGGUUCGAGCUGCGCGGCGAGUGUCCUGUGCGCGAACUUUUCGAAACGAGGCAUAACUCCACCGAAUCGUCUCAACAGAUCUCGUACUCCUUCAAGAUCAGCGAUGGAGGAAUCCUUCUCGGAACAGCCGUCGUCGGAACAAAAUUCAGCCAGGGAGGGAGAAGGAAUCGAAGAAUACAAUAAUGAGAUAUGUAAAACGGAGAAAUUGAAGAAGGACGAUGAGGACCAAAAGGUUGACCAGUCUGGUAGUCGCAAUCUUCCGAAAAUCGUCCAAGUCUCUGACAAAGCGACACCGAGUUUGGAACUGAGGAUAGAUGACAUACCCUACGUGGAUGAUUUGGAACCCUCGGAAACCGUGAACAGCGACCGAACGGAGGCAAAGGAAUCUAGUGGAAGAGUCACCGUGAACGCGCGAAAGAGACUGGAAAGAAUAGCCAGCAGAGCUUCGUUCAUGAUUGAGUCGGCUCUCUGGGUUCAAAGAUUGAACUCGAAGACGUCAACGGGAAGCGAUCGACUGGAUAGUUCGAGAUCGGAAUCUCCGGAUCGAUCUUCUAGGAGAAGGCCAACGAUCUUUCGAAGGGAAUCGAGAUUCAGGAGCCUGAGGAGGCUCAAGAACCCGGACACUCCAAGAAUGAGUAACAAGGAUAAGAAACUGUUGAAAAUGAUUCUAGUAAUUUUCUCAUCGUUCCUCGUUUGCUAUUUACCGAUCACUGUCACGAAGACCUUCAAGGACGCGAUCGAUUGGCGAGGAUUAAACAUCGCGGGAUACAUACUGAUUUAUUUGACCACUUGCAUAAAUCCUGUGGUUUACGUGGUGAUGAGUUCCGAGUAUAGGAGUGCCUAUAAAAAUGUGUUGCUCUGCAGGAACGAUUCAUCGGUGAAAAGCUCGAACAGGAAGUCGCCGGGAUGAAGAGUGUUUCGUUUUCCAUUUCAAGUAUUUAGCUUUAUUAUUUAGUUUUGCUCUAUUCCAUAAAAAAGUCAAACUGUACUUUGAAGUAUUUUCAGUAAUUUAUAAUUUCAUAAGUAAGUCUGCUGAUUAAGGAUGUACUGGCUAUACAGUCAAUCCCAAAAGUU